AUAAACUACACUUUCUUUAUAUAUUUAUACUUAUAUAUACGUUUAUAUUUUAUUAUUUUAUUACUUUAUAAAAAUAAAUGUUAUUAUAAUACGUCGUAGUUAUCUCGUAUAAUCAUUGAACAAUGACCGAGAACGGCGGUUAUAUUGUAGUAAACAUCAACAUAUCGAUAAGUUGGUCAUACUGUUAGUAAACCAAAUGCCACGCCCACUACAGCUCUAGAAUAAUUAUAGGUCUUAUUUAAAAAAAAAUAUUGAAAUCACAGGAGAAUUCUGUUUUAGUGGCUUAAUGGGUAGAAACGUAUGUUUCGGCGUAGGGGUCCCGGGUUCGAUCCCCAGGGUGCUAACAAGAUUUUUCUUGUAGUUUUCUCAUUGCUGGUGUCUAUUAUCUGGUGCAAACCCUACCUGUCCCUUCAAUUAUUAGUCUAGUCAAGAUCUUUGACUCUUAAACAUAUGAAAGAAGGACACUACCAUCCUUUAUUACAUGUUAAGUUCGAGAAAUAGAACGAUGUAUAACUCAUCAAUUUUUUGUCAAUUAUUGAAGUUAAUAACAAUUUUAAUGAUAUAUAUAUAUAUAUAUAUAUAAAAUAAAAUUCUAUUGUAUGAUGAAACCGAUAAAAUGUCUUUAAAUUUCAACUAAUUAUUAACAGAUGACAAGUAAUGAUUGUACGCUUAUUUAAGGCUUAUAUUAAAUGAAACACUUAAAAUACCACAGGUAGUGCCGGCAUUAUGAUUUGCAGGAACAUGGAAAAAUGAUAAAGAUUUACAGAAAUCCAUUCACAGAAGUCAAAAAAUCGUAGAAGCUUAACUUCGCCUUUUUAUAUGGCCUUAUCUAUAAAUGACAUUUUUAUGAAAAAUGAGGUUAGAAUUUUCAAUUCAUAAUUUUCGAAUGACAAUUUGAAGUCACCGCCGAAACCAUACUGCCCUGCCGCUAUGGACAUAACAUGGCCCAAGACUAUUGGCAUGCCCGUAGGAGACUUCUGGUGUCCUUGUUAUUGCUAUCGUCGAUACGAACCAGCUAUCAGAAAGCAUUAUCAGGUUGUGACCUAACAUUUGUAAGCCAUAGUAGUCCACAAAAUGGCACAUUUAGGGCUCCUGAAAUUAUAAACUCCGAAGGUGAGUCCAAAGUAUGUGUAUACACAUUUGUGGCCGCUUCACAUCAAAAAGCUUAUGUUUCGUUCACCUCGUUUCAACUUCGUAGUACACCUCCGGAAUGCAUGCACGAGUACGUGGAUGUAUACUCAGAAUUACAGCAAGUCGAUACAGAGGACUUAAUCAACUCGCCUUUUGGCGGCCGAUAUUGUGGUUUAAUACCACCUAGAGAUAGAAUAUCUUUGUACAGAACCGUAGCAAUUAGUUUCUAUACAGAUAAAAAUUCUACUACACCAACGCUAUUUGAGGGUCAAUAUUCCUUCCAAAAUGACUCUUCAUUUCAGCUAGGAACUCCAUCACCAAUCAGUCCAUGCUCAUUUGUAGUACACUCCAAAAUUAAAAAGCAAGGUUCCGUACUCACUCCAACAUACCCUGGAAUAUAUCCUAAGGGUAUGAAAUGUACGUACUUAUUUCUUGGACAACCCAGUCAAAGGGUACGGUUAGAAUUUCGUGAUUUUGAUCUUUUUUAUGGAGGACCUCACUGCCCUUUUGACAUUGUUAGUAUUUAUGAUGGUUCGAAUUCAAGUAGUCCAUUAAUUGGCCAAUAUUGCGGUCAGCAACGAAAUUUAGUCAUUUAUUCUACUUAUAAAGAUUUGUAUGUAACUUUUGAUACACUUCAAAGAGCUACCAAUACGCAAAAUCGUGGUUUUAAAGGGAUGUUUGAGUUUAGUGAAAGUUUCGUUAAACUAGAUUUCAUUGGUAAAAACGAUGGUGAACAUGUUCGAGGAACCGAGUGUGAUCAAAAAGUUUUGAGUAAAAAGACUUCUUCUGGUUUUAUAUAUAGUCCAAACUUUCCGUUUCCUUAUAUACCAAAAAUUGUGUGUCGGUAUUUUAUUUAUGGUUUCGAAGGUGCGCAAAAUUUGGAGAGGGUUAGACUGGAAUUCUUUAUUUUCGAUAUUCCGAAACCACGAAGAAGCGAACAAGAUUGCACUGAUGGUUAUUUAAAAGUCUAUCUAAAAGGUCAAGAAGCAAUGGAUCUUUACGAUAAGUUCGAUUAUGAAAUGUGUGGCGAAGAAAGUGAUGAAAAAGUCUUAAUGAGUGAAGGGGCUAGACUCGCAAUGGUCUUUAGUAGUGGUGAACAACAAGGACGAGGAUUUAAAGCCAAGUAUACUUUUGAAACUGAAUAUCUUGUACCUGGGACGGCAGCACCGAAUGGCACAUGCCAUUUUAGUUAUCGUAGUGCAUCCAAAAAAAGAGGAGAUUUCAAUUCACCCAGACAUCCGGCCAACUAUCCCAAUGGAUUAAAUUGUACAUUUCUCUUUUUACCCACGCCUAAUGAGCAGGUUACCUUAAUCUUUGACCAGUUUAGCAUUAGAGCUGAUAAAACCAAUGUCUCAUUUGUUCCAUUUGGUGUAUCUGUCUGCACGGACGACUGGCUAGAAAUAUACAAUAUUUAUAAUGACAAUACAGAAAAACUUAUAGGCAGAUAUUGUGGUAAAAUAGCACCUGGACCAUUAGAAUCUAAUCGUGGUGCACUUGGCUUAAAGGUAGUGCUACAUACAAAUUCAGAAGGUGUUUCAAGUGGUUUUAAAGCUAGAUAUUUUUUCGACGUUGUUAAACCAAUAUUCGGUGACUGCGGCAGUAAUAUUAGCAAUGCAGAUUCCGGAAAGGUGCAGAGUCCGAAUUUCCCGCUCAAGUAUACUGCACCAGAAAAAGGAAUGCCGAGCAGAACGUGCAAUUGGUUCAUAAACGUCAGGCCCAAUUACAAAAUACUGCUCAAUUUCAUAUCGUUCUCAGUAGAAGGAGAUCCUUUAACUAGAGGCUGUGCGUCAGCUGUUUUAAGACUAUGGCUAACCAUGGGAGAGCCACCUUUAGAGUUAUGUGGUGAAAAACCUGUAGACCCUUGGCAAUUUUUAUCAGACUCUAAUCAACUCAGGAUAAGUUUUGUAGUAGCUGAUAAAUCGGGAAACGGUACUGGCUUUAGUGUAACUUGGACUGAGGUGUUAGAAUCAAAAGGACCUUGUCCGGGGUUUCAAUGCGAAAACUCGAGCUAUUGCAUAUCGAACCAACUUCGGUGCAACAACGUACAAAAUUGUGGCUCGAACGACUUAUCAGACGAGAGCAAUUGUGUGGUGGAACCGGAAGCGCUGGAUAACGUAAUUUUUUCGGCAGCUUUGACAAUGUGCGCAGUAUUGGCACUCAUGUUAAUUGGUUGCCUAUGCUGCCGGCGAAGAUCUAGAGGUAGUCGUCGAGAAAGAUUUCGACGAGGAGUCGGUGGAGGAGUCGACGGUGGUGGAUACAAUAGACACCGAAGACAUCUACAUCAACAGCAUGAACCUCGACCACCAUCGCUAAGGUCGUUAAGUCCAACGCCAUCAUCUGGCCAACACGUAUGUGAUGAGCUAGGCGAGCGGUUUACUAGCGUGGACAGCGUUUGACGUUUGCUAAACUCAAGUAACUGUCCUUAGGGCAUAACCUCGUCCAUUAGUCCCUAUUCCGUUAUUCACAAAUCAACCGCCUCACCACUGCUAACGCUCAACAAUCACAACCCUGCGGCGUGGUGCGAUUCGGUGAUGUCAGCAGGACAUUUUUCAAGACUAAAAUAAUUAUAUUUAUUUUUACGAUUGCUCACUUUUGGUUAUAAAUGGUUAUAACCAUUUAACAAGUGAUUUUUGGUAGUUUGAGAGAUAAUUCUGAUAGAUACAUAUAUGUUGUCUUAAUCAAACGUUUGACAAGUACAACCAAAUUAUGAUUAGAUCUAAUCAUAAUUCUGCUUUGUUAGUAUAAAGUAACACUAUACUUAUUAUUACGCAAAUAAUAACAAUAAUUAGGGAGUUUAAAUCGAAAACAAUCUAAAAUAAGUGUGAUUAUUCAAUCAGUUUUAACGCAAUUGGAAUUUAUAACAUUUAAUCAUUACAUUUAUGAUCAUUUUUAACUAUAAAAAAAUAAUCGUUACAUCAUACAAACCGUAUAAAAAUACUUUCAUUAAAAACGCGUUAGAUAUUCAUUUUAGAAACUGUCCUGUAUCCGUUACAUCGACCGAUUAGUACUCGAUGGUCUGACCUCAAACAAAAGGUUAGAUCUGAUUAAAAUGCCAGAGCUUGUCCAAAAUUGAUCAAAGCAAUAUUGAUAUUUUUUGGGGGUUAGAGUUCUGCGUAAUUAUUCUUGGUGAGGGUGAGGUGAAUGGAAACAAUUUGCUCAAUAAUAAUGUUAUAAAUAACCAACUUAUACAUAGAAGUCUCCCGGUAACAUUUCAUUUAUUUGACGUGUACAAAAUUAGCGUGAUGAUAAUAAUCUUACAAAUUAACUGUUAAGUUAUUACCACAAUAAAAAUUAGUGUCAUUGUAUAUCCAGUAAACACGGAUAUGAUAUUCGUUCUAUGUUAGACGAUUAUCUAAAUUCGAAAUAAGGCUGCAAUAAAAAUAAUGAGUUUAAGUUGAAAUUGUUUUACUGUAAAUUAAUUUUUUUAAUCAAGUGUAGUUAUUUUUCAUCAUGUUAAUAAAUCAAUACAAAUCUUACAUUGUUUUUACUUUUUUUUAACUUUUGACCCGAAUAAAAAAUGAAAACCAUACCAAUUGUUAUAAAAUUAUCAUUUUUUUCUCAAAAAUAUCCUAUAAGACUAGAAACAAUCGUUUAUCUAAUAGAUUACAUUAAGUACAUGUUAUAAUAUAAAGUGCUCAUGGGGUUACGAACAUAUAUUGGUAAUUAAUCCACUUUCUUAUUAAAUAAGGAACCCCAAUUUACUUCUGAUACAUUUAUACUGAUGCAUGGGCAAUAUAAGUAAUAUAGUUAAUUUAUUUAAAGUGUUACUUGUUAAUUGGAUUCUUCCAAAAUUAAAUUUAAGGUAAAUUAACGUAAACGGAUUUAAUAUUAAGUAUUUUUUAAAUAUUUAAAUACGUUAAAAUGUGGGCAAUCUAUAUUCAUGGAAACAUGUAUAUAUUUAUGAUAAUAUAUAAGAAUAAUACCCAGUUAUAUAAUAAUAAUAUAGGUAAAGUUUAAUAAUCAUGCAUUUAGUGAUUAAGUAUUAUCUACUAAUGAACGCGUUCCUUUUGUUAUGUACUUUGUUAAGUUUUUAAUUGUCAUAUAAUAACAACAUAUAAAUUAUAUUAUACACUUGUGCGUUAAACGUUUGGCUUGGCUUAUAAAAAAAUAAUUUAUUUUUAAUUAUCAUUUAACAAACAUUUUCUUUCUAUACAAAAUGUCAUUAAGUACCUCUUCGGUAUAUUGUUUAAAAAUAAAAAUUGAAAGUUUUAUCCUAAUGUGACCUAGCGUGUCAUUUAUUAAGCUCUAAAUCGUGCUGUGUAACAUUAUUUGGUGCAUAUUAUUACUUGUCAAACAAAAAGUACCACAAAAUUAUGAAGGUAAUAAUAUUACAAUUAGUUUAUUUGUAAAUUUCAUUUAGUAUAUUUCGACUUUGAAAAAGUCUAUAGUGCCUAGUCUUUACAAUACUGAUUAUUUAAUUAUUUAUUUAUAAGAAUAUGUUGUACUGUAAUACAUUUUUAUACAUAAAUUAAAAAAUUAUAUUUUAACGAAAUAUAAGAAUAACAACGAUGAUGAAAAGUGUGCAAUUUUAUUGGAUUUCUAAGAAAAUACAUGUAUAAUACAACAUAGAAUGGUAGUAAUUCAAAAUUUGAUUUUUUUUUAAAUAAUUCAUAGCAUAACUACAGGACCAAAAAAUUGUUAUAAUUCUAGUAUUUAUUUAAAGUUUUUUCUUGUACCUUUCACUUGUCGCGAAAAUCUCAAUUUUAAGUACAUUAUUAUUAUUAUUAUUAUUAUAUAUUGUCGUUCAUCUGAAAAACGAACGUCUUUCAGUCCAGUAAGCUAAUAUUUAGCACACGGUAAAUAGUAUUUACCACAAAACACUGCUCAAACGUUUUUUGUUUACAAUUAUUGUUUAAAUAUUUAAUUGUUAUAAAUUGAACGGACCGUUAAAAUGAAUACAAAAUUAAAAUUAAUAUGAAUGCAAAUUAAUCAAAUAAAUGUUUGUCAAAUAUUAUUGUGAAGACUAAUUUUUUCCCAGUCUGUUCAAUUUAAUUAUUAAUUAUUAUUCGUAGAUUAGCAAAGAAUUUAAAAAUGCAUUUAAGCUAUGUCGGUUAUAAUAAUUUUUAGUCCAUGUUGUAAAAUAAUAUCACAUAAGAAUAUGAAAAUGCAAAUUAAUGAAAUAAUCAAAAUAUUCUUAUUUAAUUACUUAUAAAAUAAAAUUUAUGUAUUAUAGGUAUAAACAAAUGUUAUAAUAACAUGAACCAGUACGUUUUGAUGCAUAUUGAAAAUGCGUCUGAACGGAGUAAAAUUGUUGUUAAAUAUUUUUCUUUUUUGUUAUUCUAUUAAAUAAAUAAAUGUCAUCAAAUUUAUAUAAAACUAUCGAAAUAUGUUAAUUUUAUGUUUGUAUACGGAAAAAUCAUAUUUGUAAUUUUGUUUUUUACGACAGUUGACGUUAGUUACGUUAUUAUUAUGUUGAAUGAUUAAUAUUUAUAUUAUGUAUUAUCACUAUAAAAUAUACUUGAUAGGAAUUAUUAA